AUGGUUAAUGUGUCACAGAAAAUCUGGUUAUUCUGGACUGAAGAAUGGCAAGCACAAGUUAUAGUUGACUCAGUACAGCAUGUUACUAUUAAGCUAUCUCAUAUAAAUAUGCAGUAUGAAGCAUAUGUCACUGCUGUGUAUGCCAAAUGCAGUGGUGCAGAGAGGCAGGAAUUAUGGGACUUAAUUGGACAGGUGGCUCUUAAUGUUCAUGUGCCCUGGAUAGUUGGAGGUGACUUUAUUGUUAUUCUCAAACAUGAGGAAAAGUUGGGAGGCCUUCCAGUUCAUCACACUGAAACUGCUGAAUUUGCUCAUUUUAUACACUUGGUGGAAGGCAGAAUAUUGGAGGAUUGCAUAUUCAAGAGACUUGAUAUAGUUCUGGGAAAUCAGGAUUUCGUGGACUUAUUCCCAUCAGCUGAAGUUGUUCAUCCGAUUAGACAUGGUUCUGAUCAUGCCCCUCUCCAUGUAGUGUGUGAUUCUCAGACUGAAGUGGUAGUUAAGCCUUUUAAAUUCCUAAAUUUUUGGAAUCCUCAUCCAAAGUUCAUGGAAGUGGUGGAAAACAACUGGUGGUUGGAUUUUGCAGCCAAUCCUUUCAAUGAGUUGCAGGCUAAAAUGAAAAAGGUGAAGCAGGCCUUGGCAGUAUGGAGUAGGGAAACAUAUGGCAAUAUUUUCCAACAGAUAUCCACAAUGAAGGAUUUAAUCAAAGUCAGUGAGUUGCAGUUUGAAUUGAAUCCCUCAAGUCUGAAUAGAGAAGCUUUGCACAAAGCUCAGGCUGAUUUUAAUAGAUAUUUAUGCUUGGAGGAGGAAUACUGGAAACAAAAGACUGGCAUGAGGUGGUUCAAGGAUGAAGAUAGAAAUACUAAGUUUUUUCAUAAUUAUGUUAAAGGAAGAAGAAGGAAGUUGGCAGUUCAUACUAUACAAAAUAGUCAAGGGGACUGGUUAAACACAAAUGCUGAGAUUGGUCAGGAAGUUGUUCUUUCUAUCAACACCGGUUCAGACAAGAGGCAACAUCAGGAUGAGGACUUGACUACUUUACCUAGUGAUGAAGAAGUCAACAAUGCAGUGUUUGGAUUAAAUGGGGAUACUGGUGGUCCAGAUGGUUUUUCAGGCCAUUUCUUUCAAACAUGUUGGGGUAUCAUAGGUAGAGAUGUAACUAAUAUGGUAAGGGCCUUCUUUUGUAGUCAAGAACUGCCAAGAUGUAUCACUCACACAAAUCUUGUUUUGAUUCCAAAAAAGGAGAAUAUAAACACCUUUGCUGAUCUGAGACCUAUCAGUCUAAGCAGUUUUGCUAAUAAAAUCAUCUUUAGAGUUCUACAUGAAAGAAUUGUUCCACUGUUGCCUGCUAUUAUAUCAACCACUCAGACUAGUUUUGUUAAAGGUAGGAGCAUUGUGGCGAAUGCACUACUGGCCCAAGAGAUCAUCAAGGAUAUUAAUAAGAGAAACAAACUACACAAUGUGGUGGUAAAGCUUGACAUGGGAAAAACUUAUGAUAGAGUUUCAUAG